UCAGUAAACCUUCACAAGGCCGUCCUCUCACAAUAUCCACCGAACAGAGCGAUUGCGCUAUUACUUGCCAACUAUCGGGGUUUAUAUCGACUACGCAAUCACGCUUUACCAAAUGCCUAAGCGACCUCUAGAUGUGACAGCAGCGAUGCCGAUCAACGAUCGAGUACCGCCUGUCAAGGCCCAGAAGACCGAGAGAUCACAUGAAGAAAACCAAGAACGAGCCUAUAUCGCCGCGUCCCGCCGAGCUGACCGAAGCUUGGAGGCAAGAGUUCAAUCCGCAAGGAUGGCUUCAGAGAUUCACCGGAGGAGAACGGGACGAGGCUUGAAAGUCACUGAGGAGAUUGUCAUCAAAGAAGAGAUGUACGAGGAGGAAGAGGAUGAUUUGCCGAGACAGUUUCGACAUCUGACGCGACACUUGCAAACAAAUUCCCCAAGCAUGAACCAUCGAGUAAGCGCUUAUAUCACGACGCAGGCCGCCAUGGCAUCAAUGGCCAGGUACAACGAGGUGAACAGGCUCUUUAACGAAUCCUUCCCUACUGCCGCCGCGUACCAGCAACAGUUGAAUAACUCGAUCUACAUGACUCCCCUUAUGACAAACAAUACCCAAUUCUCGCCAACUUCGCCCACAAUUUCAUCCCCUACCCACACCGACGGUGGUCAUUCGCAGUACAGAGGAAUGGAUCGCAGGAUCUCCUCAGCGACCACAUCGAAUUCCACGCCACCAGCUCUGUCUCCUGCUUCCGUCACCAUGGACACACCCGAGUCGAGGCCUACACCCCGCCAGAACAAUGCAAUGCAUACCUUCUCCACUAUAGAGAGUCAACAGCAGCGUCCCACCUCUGCAUUUACCUCUGAGCUACCAAACGAGAUCAAGUUACUAGGAAUGGCCAACGUCGACAUGAACGAUCCUAUGGCUCCCUACUAUUUCGGUGGGGACCCAUCAGCGUUAAACAACAUGUUUAGUCAUCGUGCCGACGAAUCUGUCCAACCUGAGUUGACACUCGACAAGCCAGAGCCUUUGCAUGAUGAUUCAGAUAUCACCUCACCAUAUGAGUCAAACGUGGACGACAUAUUGUACUCGCCGAUGGAGAAUACUUUCACAGGCCAGUUUGACAACUUCAACAGCCGGAUGGGUACACCGGCUGGUGGAUACAUGGGCGACGCUACUUGGGACAAUCUGAUUGACUUUGGUGCUGAGCAAUAGGAUUCAUAUUCCUCCUCAUCAAUUCUUAGCUGACCAUAGUGGCAUCAUGAGAUUGAUUCUCUACAGUUUUUUGUUGUGUUUUUUUAUGAUACCACGCAUCUUAUGCGGCCUUUUAUGGUUUGAUGCAUUUACGGCUGCAUGGUAUAUGCUCGGGGUCAUUCAGUGCCUGGAGUUUGAUUUCAUUCAUCCUCAAGCGAAUUUUAGGA